AUGAUCGUGCUUGGCUGGAUGCUUUUUGUUGGAUUUGCAUGUUACAUGGGCACAUUUCCAGAGUUCGUGCCUCCAACUCUGAAGUGGAAAGAGAGGUAGGCUGUUCAGGAGAGCAAGACACACCUGAGGAGCAGGACUUUGGAUGAAGAUCUGCAGCUGUGAGUGGACGUGACUGUUGGGCUGGAUUCUUCCCUUUCAAGAGAACUCGGUGGCACCCUGAAAUCUCAAUGGAAAGUUUACAUUCCUCUGGAAAAUAAAAUAGACUGAGGAAGGGGAAAGAAUUUGGGGAGUACUGCUGAGGACAGCAAGCCCUGGUUCAAAGAUUUGUCAAUAACCAUACCUCAUGGGUAUUCUUUUCAAAGACUGUUCCAUCUAUUUUGUCCAUGCAAACUCUGUAAUAAAUUAGACCAGCAUUUUUA